AAGUUAAGAAAAAUGUAUAUGAACAAAUUUAUUUGGUGGCUUAUGGCUGUGUACUCGUUCGAUAAAAUUUCAGCUUUUGAUAACAUAUUAUACAAACGUUCUCCGAUACCUCAUAGUCAAAUAGGACAACUCCUUAAAUUAUGUUAUUCUGAACGGCUGAACCCAGUUGUGAUUACCACUAAUUUGAUUGAUUUAGUUGAUGAACUUCGAGCGGAUGAUAUCAUCUUCCCAGUGAUGACCAUCGAUCUCGAUUUUAAGGCUAAAGACAUACAAACAUUCAUACCUGCAUACCCACUGUACAUUGUUUCAACAGAUUCAACUGAUCAACUGCUAGGACUCCUCAAUCAAUUAAAGUCGACACCAACGUGGAACAUUUCAUCCAUAUUCAUCUUCAUUGAAUUUGUAGAGAACGAUUAUCAAAACGCAUCGCAAGUGCUACAAUUACUUUGGAAAUUUGAGCUGUUAUCUUCAUUCUACUUUUGCAUUGACCAAGACAACAACAUAAUGAUUUACACUUAUAACCCAUACACCAACAGAGCCCCUGAUUCAUGGACAGAAGUCGACAUGAAUGAUCCAAACAAUCGGGGGACUUUAUACAAGCGAUUGUACACACCGCAUGACAAAGAAAUAUGUAAAAGUCUAAACUACGAUAAAACAAAAGCUCUGGAUGGUUAUGAAGUGAAAGCUGCUGGAGAUACAAAAUCUUGGGAAAAUUUAACUCUUAAUGAAGCAUACGAUGUCUCUAGUUUUGAAAAGUCAUUAGCUUACACAGAUAAAAUGAUUAUGGUAAGCUUAUUUUCAGCAUUAAAUGCUACGCCAAAAAUCAACUACGAUCACACAGGUAUCUAUGCGAAUAAUAAUGUGAGAGGAUAUCUCAAAUUAAUUGUAAACGGUUCCCAUGAUAUCGGGGUCUCUUCGCGAAAUAGAGCAAGAGCUAUAGGAGUUGUUGAUAGAGUUAAUCUUCACUAUCAGAAUGGUUUCUUAAUAUUGACGCAAUACAGGCCAUUUGAGAUACCUGCCGAAGAGGUUACUGAUUUUGACGAUAUCCGACCCGCUGUUGCACUCUUUGCAGGAGUACUAGUAGUUACUUUUAUAACAAUUGCACUAAACACGGAUUACGAUUACGCUCAAGCGACUCUAGAUAUAGCACGAAUGAUAGUAGGUGCUGGAAUAUUUACGCCACUCGAACGAUUAUCAACACGGAUUUGUUUCGUAGUUUCAUUUUUAAUAAUUUUCUUCAUGAAUCCGGCAAUUCAAGGCCAGAUAUCCUCGUUCUUAUCGACUCCAAACCAGCGCAAUGUUGAUAAUUUCAAUGACGUGCAUGAUCACAAAUAUGACUUAUACUUUCCUCCUUUCUACAAGCCUUACAUUCUUGAUCUAAAUUUGUGGCUAAAUUCGUCUGACAAAAAAUUCUUACAUCCAAUAGAUGAUGCUUAUUGGGGUUGCUUAGAUUAUGUUUUGAAUGAUUCUUCUGCUGCGUGUUUAACCUACAGUGAGUUUCAAGUUGAAGCUGCUUCAAAACACAAUUUACAUAUUACAAAGACUUAUGAUCUCAAAUUUUAUUUGACGUUUUGGGUAAGGAAGAACUGGGCACUCAAGGACAGAAUUGAUCAGAUUGCAUUGAGGAUGACAGAAGCUGGUCUUUUAGAUCAUUGGGAUAAAGAAGUGUUGUAUUGGCCUUUGAAAAAAAUAAAUGAUUAUGAAUCCAUUUUUACAUCAACUGAAUACGAACAAUUUGAACUAGAAAACAUGCUCCUCGCUUACAUACUAUUAUUGUUGACUACAACUCUUGCUCUUAUUGUAUUCGGUUUUGAAAUACUUUUAAAUAAAAUUCGACCACGCAGAAGACUGCGAUUACAGCAAAGAAUCGUGAUAUUUAAUCGUAGAGUCCACGUAAUCAAUGAGUGGGUAUAA